UCGGAUAACUGAUAAGAGAACGAUUAUAAUAAUUUUCGUUGUUAUGGUUUUUUCAUUAGUAAAGUGAGUAAAAACUAAAAACAUAUAUUAUAAUUUCAUUAAAAAAAAAAAAAAAUGUUACCUCGAAUACUAAGUCAGAAUGCAUUGAAACGAAUGUUGAUGGUCGACCGUCAGUUCGUGCGUUAUGCAAGCGUGGUCCUGUGCAACAACGGUAGAGCGUGCCCACCACAAUGCGGACAUACUUCAUUGACACAACCACCCGGAGCUGUAUCCCGGGUAUAUAUGCCGGUGCGUUAUAGACGGUUUGACAUUAAGCACGACGACAACGACAAUGAUGGUGUUGAUGAUGACGACAAGCAGAACGUCAGAGUCGUGGGCGAGGACGCAGCCAAUCAGGAUAGUACGUCGGUAGCUACUAUUCAAGCGCCAGAAAACAUUCCUUACUUGCCAUUGGUGGCAAUACCAAAGCCUCCGUUGUAUCCUAGGCUCUUUAGAAUUGUCGAGAUAAGUAAUCCAAAACUGAUAGCAUUGAUUAAGAGGAAAAAAGCAUUAAAUCAACCUUUUAUCGCUCUGUUUAUGAGAAAAGACACAGUGACCACCGCAAAUGUUGUGAAUAAUAUUGAUGAAGUGUAUGACAUUGGAUCUUUAGGAAGAAUUAACGAAAUGCGAGAAUUUGGCGACAAAUUGCACAUGCUUAUACAAAGUUUCAGAAGAAUUAAAUUGACCAAACCUUUUUUCGAAGACCAAGAUAUCGAUAAAGUUACAGGUGAUUUGAAUAGACGUAGUAAAAAACAAGCUCGCCUUAAAGGUAUAACUAACACACAAGAAGCUACAGAAUCUAAUCAAGAAACGGACAAAACUCAGCAAGAAGUGCUAAUGGUCGAGAUAGAAAAUAUUAAAGAUAAACCCUAUGAAACGACGUUGGAAGUUAAAGCACUUUCUCAAGAAAUUAUUAAAACCAUUCAAUCGAUAAUCAGUAUAAAUCCUAUUUAUAGGGAAAUAUUACAUCCAAUGUUACAACAUGGCAAUGUAGCCGAUGAUCCAUCAUACUUAUCUGAUGUUGCUGCUGCUAUAACUGAAUGUGAAACUACAGAAUGUCAAGCAAUUUUAGAAGAAACUGAUGUCCCUAAACGCCUUCGACUUUCAUUGGGAUGCCUGAAAAAACUUUUGGAACUCAGUGAAAUUCAGGUCAAGAUUAGUAAAGAAGUCGACGAGAAAGUAAAACAACAACAUCGAAAAUUUAUACUUCAGGAACAACUUAAAGUUAUAAAAAAAGAACUGGGCUUAGAAAAAGAUGAUAAAGACUCCGUUGUAGAAAAGUUCAGAGACCGAAUUAAAGAUAAACAAGUACCACCAAAAGUUAUGGAAGUAAUUGAAGAAGAGUUGACUAAAUUAUCAUUUUUAGAACAUCACUCUUCUGAGUUCAAUGUCACGAGAAAUUAUCUAGACUGGCUCACACUACUACCAUGGGGUUCUUCAAGUAAUGAGAAUUUUGAUUUAGACCGUGCAUCGAAAAUUCUAGACGAAGAUCACUACGGAAUGGACGACAUAAAAAAACGUAUUCUCGAAUUUAUUGCUGUCAGUAAAUUAAAAGGCACAACUCAUGGGAAAAUAAUAUGUUUCCACGGACCACCUGGUGUUGGCAAAACUAGUGUAGCAAGGUCAAUUGCAAAAGCUCUAAAUCGAGAAUAUUUUAGAUUUAGCGUUGGAGGUAUGACUGAUGUUGCCGAGAUCAAAGGUCAUCGUAGGACAUACGUUGGUGCUAUGCCGGGUAAAAUGAUACAAUGUCUAAAAAAAACUUGUACAGAAAAUCCCCUUGUGUUAAUUGAUGAAGUUGAUAAAAUUGGAAGAGGGCAUCAAGGUGAUCCGUCGUCGGCAUUGCUAGAAAUGCUUGACCCAGAACAAAAUGCCAACUUCUUAGAUCACUAUUUAGAUGUGUCAGUGGACUUAUCUAACGUGUUGUUUAUUUGCACUGCUAAUGUUAUCAACACAAUUCCAGAGCCUCUACGAGAUCGAAUGGAGAUGAUAGAUGUGUCUGGUUAUGUGGCCCAAGAAAAAAUGGCCAUUGCCAAACAGUAUUUAAUUCCUCAGGGACUAAAGGCUACUGGGUUGACUGAUAAUCAAAUAGAUAUUGUCGAUGAAAGUUUGUCAACACUUAUCAAAUUUUACUGCCGUGAGAGUGGUGUACGGAAUCUCCAAAAACAUAUUGAAAAAAUACUACGAAAAGUAGCGCAUAAAAUCGUUAAAGGCGAAGAAGAAAAAGUGACAGUUUCCAAAGAUAAAUUAUAUGAUUUUGUGGGUAAUCCAGUGUUCACUAAAAACAGAAUGUAUGAAAAUCCUGAACCCGGAGUGGUUAUGGGUUUAGCUUGGACUGCCAUGGGAGGUACAAUGAUGUAUAUUGAAACGGAAUGGACCAAAGAUCCUAAAACCGUAACUGAAAAAAAUAAAUCGGUAGGUUCGAUUAUGCUUACUGGUCGUUUAGGAGAAACUAUGCAAGAGUCUGCCAAAACAGCAUACACUGUAGCAAAAAAAAUACUAAAUGAUGUCGAACCAGAAAAUGUAAACCUGUCGAUUGGCAAUGUGCAUUUACAUGUUCCUGAAGGUGCGACACCCAAAGAUGGACCUAGUGCCGGCUGUACAAUUGUUACAGCAUUACUUUCGUUAGCAUUGAACAAACCGGUUUUUAAAAAUAUAGCAAUGACUGGUGAAAUUUCGCUCAAAGGAAAAAUAAUGCCAGUUGGCGGAAUCAAGGAAAAAACUAUAGCCGCGAGAAGAGAAAAUAUUAACUGUUUGAUACUUCCUGAAGAAAAUAAAAAAGACUAUGACGAACUACCAAAGUAUAUAACCGAAGGUCUAGAAGUACAUUUCGUCUCCUAUUAUAAAGAAAUCUAUGAUAUAGUGUUUAAAAGUUAAUAAAAUUAAGUUCAUAUUGUUAUAUUAAUCGUGUAGUUACUUUUAUAUUGUGUAAACUGAUGUAUUCUCUUACAUCUGUAAACUUUUUUUUAUGUGGAGAGUACUAAAGUACAUAAAUAAUGUCUGUUAUGGGCCGUAUCUUUAAUUUAUUUUUAUUAUUUAAAUUUUUUUAGUUUUUGGUAGAUUCGUAGUACAAAACGGCCAACUAUUUUUGACCUCAAAGAAAUAAAACAACUUAUUGUAUAGUUAUAUUUUAUGUUGUAAGAAAAUGAAAAUAUGAGAUCAGCCAUUGUCACACAUACAAUAUUGUUUUUGGAAUAUAUUUUGUGUAUGUGUAAAUGUAA